AGUCUUUCCUUCCCCUCCGCUGGCAGGUGCAGCAGCAGCAAGAGACCCGGAGCGCGCCCAGGGCUGCCGCGCGUCUGCUGCCGCGCGUGGGAAUCGCUUGCAAAAGAGCAGAAGCGCUCCCGGGGAGAGCAGAGCGCGCGGCCCGGGGUGGGGGUGGGGAGGGGAGCGCUUUCCUUCUUUUUCUUUCAUCGGCCAGGAGAUGUCUUUUACUAGCCAGGCUCAGCACCACCAAGACUUCUGAAAGCUCGAUCCUUGCCGCUUUGGCCAGGCAGCGCCUUGCGCAAAAGGCUGCGCCCGGGAGCGGCUGGGAAAACCCGGGACUUUCGAGAGGAAGGCGCGAACCAGCUUCUCCACGGACCAGUCCUAACUUCCACCGCUCCGGCCGCGAAGUCUCCAGGGGGACAGCAGGCGUCACUUGAGCCGCGCUCCGGAUCUCGCCUUGCCACAGGAGGAGCCCCCGGCAGAUCUCCGUUCCUGGACGGCCGGGCGGAGAAGGAAGGGCUCGUUCCCCUGCUGCUUCUCGUUCCGUUCCUGAUGGCUCCCGUGUCCUUCGGCUCGCCGCUUCAGCCGACGAGGCAGAGGAGGUCCUCGGGGACCCCCAACUGAAAGCCGGAGCCCUCCUGUCCGGCCCCACCUGGCUCUCCAAUGUCUUGACAGCCCCUCGACCCCCGGCCGACCCCCGGAGGAGGCGAUGAGCGCGGAUCUGGACCGCGCGUCUGUCAAUUCGUGCGCUUCUUCGUCCGCUUCGUUGGGCUCGGCCCCGGGGGCGCCGACGGUGGGGGGCCAGCAGGGGUCCGCUGCAGGGUCGGGGAUCCGGCUGCUGUCGGCCAACGUGAGGAAGCUGCACGGGGCGCUCAACCUUCUGCUGAGCGAAGCCGAGAGGGAGCAGUUCAUCCACUGCCUGAACGUCUACCACUGCCGGAGGAACGUCUUCGACCUGGUCCAGACCCUCAAGGUCCUCCUGGACGGGCCGGAAAAAAGGCAGCUCCUGCCCAUGCUACGCCUGGUCAUUCCCCGCUCGGACCAGCUCCUCUUCGACCAGUACACCUCCGAGGGGCUCUACUUGAAGGCCGACUUCUUGCCCAGUAACGCCAAUGGGGCCCUCGACGGCGCGGCCUCUGCCAGGGCCCUGUCGCCUGUCGUGGCGGCAUCUCCGUCUCCAGCUGUCUCUCCCGCGCCGGCUGCCCAUUUCUGGCCUCUCCCGCCGCUCUCUCGGAAGUCCCCGCAAGAUUUCAGCACCAUCCCGGACGGGACAGCUCCCUCGGCGGCCUCCGGCUUGGAGGAGCUCCGUGGGGAGGUCAGGCAGGUGACCCUUAAGAGGAACAAAGCCCAGGAGGGCUUGGGUUUUAGCAUCCGGGGUGGUUCCGAGCACGGCGUGGGCAUCUACGUCUCCCUGGUGGAGCCAGGGUCCCUGGCGGAGAAGGAGGGUCUCCGGGUGGGCGACCAGAUCAUGAAAGUCAAUGAGAAGCCGCUGGACAAAGUGACCCAUGCCGAAGCGGUCAAGGCACUGAAAGGAUCCAAGAAGCUGAAUCUUUCUGUCCACUCGGUUGGACGCAUCCCUGGUGGUUAUGUGACCAAUCACAUUUACACUUGGGUGGAUCCCCAUGGACGAAGCAUUUCCCCACCUGCAGGUCUGCCCCAGCACCAGAGCAGUUCUCUACGCAAGGAUGGCGAGAAGAGAAGCCAUCUCCAACUGCUGCAAGAAGGAGAUGAGAAGAAGGUGAACUUGAUGCUGAACGAAGGGCGGUCUCUGGGCCUCACGAUCCGUGGAGGAGCUGAAUAUGCCCUUGGAAUUUACAUCACAGGCGUGGACAAAGGCUCUGAAGCAGAAAGCACAGGCUUGAAGGUUGGGGAUCAGAUCCUGGAGGUGAACGGCAGAAGCUUCCUGAGUCUUCCCCAUGACGAAGCAGUGAAAAUCCUCAAGUCCUCGCGCCACCUCAUCAUGACCGUCAAAGAUGUUGGGAGGCUGCCCCAUGCGCGGACCACAGUGGACGAAACCAAGUGGAUCACCAGUUCUCAGAUUGGAGAGACUAUGGUCAACCCAACUGGGGCUGUCGGAGACCACAUAGCAGAGGUGAACACAAAGCCCUCUUUCUACAGGGGUCUGGCAGGAUCCCAGGUCACCCUGAGCAGCCUGGUGAACCAGAGCCGGGUCAUGUUGGAGGAACAUGCACGGCAUCUGCUGAAUGAACCGGAGAGAGCCACUAUGGGCUACUACCUGGACGAGUACAAGGAAAGCAACAUCUCGGUCGAUGCCCUCGUCAUGGCCCUCUUCGAACUGCUCAAUACUCAUGCCAAGUUCUCACUCUUGUCGGAGGUCAGGGGAGUAAUAUCUCCUCAGGAUCUGGACCGCUUUGACAACCUGGUCCUGAAGAGGGAGAUUGAAUUCAUGAAGGCUCGUCAGCCGUCAGGGACUGGGACCGGCACGGACUCCUACUCCAUCAUGUCUUACAGCGACACCGUCUCCUCAACCGGAAGUCAUUUCACCUCCACCACAGUCAGUUCGGCUCGGGAGCGACUCUUGUGGCUGAUAGACCUCAUGGAGAAUACAUCUGACUUGGAAGGGGGUGGAAAUGGAUGUCAGAACAGCGGCAGUGCUUUGCCAGAUAUCUCCCUGGAUGAUGCCUCAUCUUUCCCUGACGAACCUCCAGCCUUCAAACCUCCACCACCCAGCCCUUCUUCUCAAACGGACUCUUCUGCCUCCCAGAACAGAAGCACAGAGAAAGACACCCUCACGAGGCCUUCUUCGGAAUCUUCCCAGUCAGGCCUGUUCUUCGUGGCCCCUCGGGUCUCCACGGCAUCUCCUGGCCUCCCCGAGAGGGAUACCAGCAGCAUCGCUUCUACAGCCACUUCCUCGACAGAGGAUUCUGCCUCCAGCAGCAUCUAUGCAUCCAUCUCCAGAAGACCCAUGGAUGCCCAUUUGUCAUUGGUCAACCAGCAACCAAUAGGGCCUUUCCCCAGGGUCCAGUCACCAACCCGCUUGAAGACACCUUCCCCGGAAGGCACUCCAGCCAGCAGCCUCCCGAGCUCCAAAGCACCAUCCCCGUCUCCUCCUCCACCCCCAUCCCACCUGGCUCCUCCGCCCCCCAAUGAAAAAGGUGGCCCAGAGUCCAACACCACCCAACAUUUCAUCAUGGUGGAAGUUCAUCAGCCCAACAGUGAGCCGGAUGUCAAUGAAGUGAGGUCUUUGCCUCAAGCGAGAGUAUCCACGCUCUCUCAGCUCUCUGGCAGUGGGCAGACCCUCAGCGAAGACAGCGGCGUGGACAUCGGGGACACAGAGCUGAACACCAAAGACAGGAGCCGGCUGCAGGGUCCUAUCAAGGGCAGAAGCCCCCAGGAAGCACUGAGGAGCGACGGGAAGGCCGAGACAGGCCCCAAACCACCAGGCCUCCUGGAACCAACAUCCCAUCUGAUCCGGGUGACAAAGACUGCACCAACCCUAGGAAUUGCCAUUGAGGGGGGAGCCAACACUCGGCAGCCCCUGCCUCGAAUAGUGACCAUACAGCGAGGAGGCUCUGCCCACAACUGCGGGAAGCUGAAGGUAGGUCAUGUGAUCCUGGAGGUGAAUGGCAUGGCCCUACGGGGGAAGGAGCACCGCGAGGCCGCCCGCAUCAUCGCCGAGGCCUUUAAGACGAAGGAGAAGGACUAUGUCGAUUUCCUGGUCACCGAGUUUAACAUUGGGCUUUAGGAACGAGACAGUGCAGGGCUCCGAAGCGGAGAGAGAGAGAAAGGGGGUUUCAAGAAGGCUCUGACGCAACAUGUGAGCAUACGUGCAACGUCACAACACCUGGAUAACUCCCACACACAGGUCAGCAGCACAUAAAUGGAACCCGUAAGCGCAGGACACACGUGGAUGUCCAAAGCAGCAGAUUUGGGGUUGGUGUAAUGCUGCUGAGUCCCUGCUGAGAUACCCCACUCCCAGUCUGAACAGGCUGGUAGGAAAGUUUGGGGGAAAUCAAGGGCAAUAAAGGAGAUAACAAUUCCUUCCAUAGAUCACCUUUGCCUGGUUGGUAAACCGUGGUUCAAUGUCCCAUCCUGCGCCCCUUUAUUCCUGUGUUAGAGUGACUUGGCCAGGCACCUGUCCAAAAACGCUGCUGGCCCAUUUAAACCCCCUUCCCCACUGCUAGUCCAUACAAAAACACUAUGUAGCUGCUACAGAGAACCAAUAAAGGAAGAGGGGGAGGAGCCAUACAUUGCCCUGCCCCCUCCUUCCAGAUGCUACUAGAGAAGGGUGUAUCCACAAGGGGGCAGCACUUGUAAGGGUAGGGGCCCAGGCUCUUUGGUGGAUUUAAUCCAUCUGGCCCAACUAACCUGAGGUUCUUACAUUCUGCCUUCCCAUUCAUUCAUCCAGCAAUGGAGAAUAUCUUGUAAAUGGCCAGCAAUGUCAUUGUAUUUAUAUAUAUGAAAGAGCUUGGGCUUUUAAUUUUUCAAUAAACGAAACAUAUUAGAAAA